AUGGUGAAACCUGACUUCAUCGUUGGCAUUCUAGGAAACAUUGUUUCUAUACUAUCCUUCGCUUCUCCUCUAGGGACAUUUAGGGAAGUGGUGAAAACAAAGUCUUCGGACAACUAUGAUGGACUGCCCUACGUAUCAACCCUUUUGAGCACAAGUUUAUGGACAUUCUACGGACUUCUUGACCCUGAUGAUGGUAUUCUUAUAGUCACUGUUAAUAGCGUUGGUGUCACCUCUCAACUCGUCUACUUAGUUUUGUAUCUAUUUUAUGCCUCCAAAACCAGAAAGAUGAAAUAUAUAGGACUUGUGAUAUUAGAUUUGGUUUUCUUGGGGACUGUUAUGGUUAUUACUUUGGUUGCAUUUCAUGGAGAAUCAAGGCGCACCUUAGUAGGAGUUCUAUGUGCAACAUUUACCAUAGCAAUGUAUGGAGCUCCUUUAUCCAUCGUGAGAACAGUUAUACGAACAAUGAGUGUUGAAUAUAUGCCAUUUUUCCUCUCCCUGUCUCUUUUUGUUAAUGCCUCCGUUUGGCUUACUUUUGCGUUGCUUGUGAUGGACUACUAUGUCCUGGUCCCAAAUGCGGUGGGAAUAGUGUUAGGCUCACUUCAACUGAUAGUCUACUUCAUCUACAAAACCAAGACUCCACCAGUGAACUCAGUUGACAUGAUGAGUGAAGACGAUAUUGAAAGGAAUCCAAAUGAGAAAAGAUAA